UAGAGGAGAAAAAGAAAAAGAAAAAAAGAAAAAAAGAAAAAUAAAAACAGAUUAGCAGAAACAGAGAAUUUGGUGAAAAGAAAAAGAGCGCAAAAGAAAGGUCGUGGUCCUUCUUCAUUUAGAAGACGAGAGAAAGAUGAACGGCGGCCCCUCUGGUUUCAACAAUGCGCCAGUGACGAGAAUAUUCGUUAUCGCCUGUGCCAUUUUUACACUUUCCUUUGGGAUCCAAGGCGGCUUUACCAAACUUGGGUUAUCUUAUCAGGAUAUUUUCUGGAAGCUCCGUAUUUGGAAGCUUCUGGCUUCAGUUUUUGCCUUCUCAUCUACUCCAGAGCUUCUGUUUGGGCUGUAUCUUUUAUACUACUUCAGGGUCUUUGAAAGACAGAUAGGUUCGAAUAAAUACUCGGUCUUCAUUUUUUUCUCUAUUGUGAUUUCAUUACUCUUUGAGGUCCUUGCUCUAGGACUCCUUAGAGAUCUCACGCCGAACCUACUCACAUCUGGACCUUAUGGUGUUAUAUUUGCUUCAUUUGUACCCUUUUUCUUUGACAUUCCUGUAUCAACACGGUUUCGAGUCUUCGGCGUCCGCUUUUCUGAUAAGUCUUUCAUAUAUCUAGCUGGUAUUCAGCUUCUUUUAUCAUCUUGGAAAAGAUCUCUCUUGCCAGGAAUGUGUGGUAUUUUUGCUGGAUCACUGUAUCGUUUGAAUAUCUUUGGCAUCCGGAAGGCCAAGUUCCCGGAAGUUUCAUUUAACUAUUCUUCUCACGGCUUUCUUGGGCCAUCUACGGAAGCCCACGUGAUCAACACAACAAGGAAUAUAUGUGGAAGGUAUGCCAUCCUACACAGGCCGCCAAGUGGAAGAAAAACUAUUCCUGCUCGCAAUGCGUUUCCUUCUGUGGAGCCCACCAGAGCGAUCCAUUGGCCCACACUGGUUCAAAAUGGGUUUUCGAUAGGAUUUGCAGCAGACCAGGCACUUGUGCAGGCCAGAAAUGACAUAAACGCCUGA